UGCGCGUUUUUAUUGCAGAUUGACCUGUCAAAUGUUUUUAUCGCAGUGCGAGCAUCCCGGAUCGAAACAACAUACCGAAAAGUCAUCAGUAAAAUCAUCCAGAAUCUGUUAGCGAGGAAAAAAUGGCUGCAUCUGGAAAACUUUCGAUUUUGGCUCGCCAGCUGAGUACCAGCUCCGUAACCGCCCAACUGGUUAAGCCACCAGUUCAGGUUUUCGGUCUGGAGGGACGUUACGCCUGUGCCCUAUACUCGGCGGCCUCCAAAACCAAAGCCCUGGAUGCUGUGGAGAAGGACCUGAAGUCGCUCCAGGUUCAGCUCCGCAAUCCUAAGGUCCGGGAUCUGCUGAUCAACCCAACCACCAAGCGCAACGUCAAGGCUGCCGCCUUGAAAGAGGUGUCUGCAAAGGUCAAACUUAACGCUGCCACUGGCAAUUUACUUUCUUUGUUGGCCGAAAAUGGUCGCCUGGGCCGAUUGGAUGGUAUCAUCAAUGCCUACACUCUGAUCAUGGCUGCCGAGCGGGGUGAGGUUGUGUGCGAGGUCAAAACCGCCAAGCCUCUGGAUGAUUCCCAGCGCAAACAGUUAGAAGCUGCUCUGAAGACUCUCGUUAAGUCGAAUGAGACUAUCCAGCUCACGGCGAAAGUUGACCCAUCGCUGAUAGGAGGAAUGAUUGUUUCGAUUGGUGAUCGUUAUGUCGACAUGAGCGUGGCGAGCAAGAUUAAGAAGUACACCGAUAUUAUCUCUGCUCCGAUCUAAAGCAGCAACAACAAAUUGUGGGUUGAAUUGGUUUGUAGAGAGUGGAAAGACAGCUUAGUCAACGAUUUUGUCGCGAACCAUAAAAUGGAAUUAUGAUUGAAUUUGUUUCAAAAAUCUUCAAAACACAGUGCGAUAAAAGUAAGAAGGCGGACGUAAUAAAAUUUUAAAAAUAGAA